AUGAAGAUACCAACUAUUGCGAAAGCAAACAGAAGGCGUGAGAGGCGCAAGGCGCCAUAUGCGCUGAAAAAUAAAGAGGCGCCCAAAGACGAUGAGAUACCGGACUAUUCCCUCCUUAUCAAUGGAAUAGAGAGGAUUUGGCUGCUGCCACCCAUGGAGGGCAUUAUGCCCGACCCGCCACCCCAAGAGUGGCGGCUCAAGGUUGCAGAGGCGGCAGCAGCGGCGGCAGCAGCGGCGGCAGCCGAGGCGGCAGCAGUGGCGGCAGCAGAGGCGGCGGCUGCAGAGGCGGCAGCAGUGGCGGCAGCAGAGGCGGCGGCUGCAGAGGUGGCAGCAGUGGCGGCGGCUGCAGAGGCGGCAGCAGUGGCGGCAGCAGAGGCGGCGGCUGCAGAGGCGGCAGCAGUGGCGGCGGCUGCAGAGGCGGCAGCAGUGGCGGCAGCAGAGGCGGCGGCUGCAGAGGCGGCAGCAGUGGCGGCAGCCGAGGCGGCGGAUACAGUAGAAGCCCCACAACAGCCAGCUUUAUUGGCGAUGUUGCAUCCCUGCUUCCCGCUUUUGCCCAAUUGACAAACAUAGCUGCCACACAGGCAAACAUGUAGCAAAAAUGUUUGUCCCGUGGCAAACAAACAUGGCUGCUUGACAGACAUGACCCAAUUUAAGGUAUGGUAGUAACCUUGAGGUAAGUAUGAGCACCUGGAUGGAUGGCUGUCAUCCAUCCACUGCCCGUCCGCGAUGCGCGUUACUUAACAAAACGACCAACGCACUAUGGUGUGGUAUGUAGCCAAUUACUGCACUUUUAUAAAAUACCACUCUAACCUUACUGUAGUAGUAUGUGUUAGUUAUUGUAUAUGUAUUUGCACCGUACAUAUAUAUGACUGAACGGUGCGGCAUCAUAAUUCCCUUUUUUUGAAAACCUUAUUGAAAAGAGUCAGAAAAGUUUUAUUCUAUUUUCAGAAUGUAAGUAGGUAUUGGAAGUUUUGUUUCAUGCUGUUUUGAAGAGUAUAUCUUGGAGUUGACGUUCCCCACUCUGGUACACACAGGCCCCGUUGCACAACAGCCGGUUAAAUUUUAACCGUGAUUAAUCUCAACUAAUCAGAAAAGGCGUUUUUGAAAAGACGGCUUCUCUGAUUGGUUCGUGUGGAAUUAAUCACGGUUAAAAUUUAACCGGCACUUAGAGUUCCUAUUUCUAGAAUUUGAUAACACCUAUUCAAAGAUAUUGCAGGCGUAAUUUUGGCAAUUUGCCCUGUAUGUUGUUCUUUGAAUGUUGGAGGUUUAUAUGGACACGGGUUUUGAAAAACCCCACAGAAAAAAAUGACACGGAGACAAAUGAGGAGAUCCAACCGGUCAUUACAAUUCGCCUCUCAUUGAGAUAAGGCUUUCUGACAAGUGCUCCUUCAAACCAACCUUUUUGUAUAUUAUAUCCAUUUUGUUUACAUCCAUUUUGAUAUUACAUCCAGUAUGGAUGGAAAUGGUCGAGAAUCCUCCUCACAGAAGGUCCGAGCGCAGACGCAUAUUUGUGUGCUGAGAUUGCAAAAUUGAAGCUCUCGCUGUCUCAAUGUUUGCACAUGAUCUAAUGAGCCGUGGAAAUGCAUGUCCUCGUUUUGUUGUACUAGGUUCCUGUUUUUCUAAACUGAUUUGCGGUGUUGAACACGAGCCAACUAGGCUGAAUAUUGAUCAGAAAUUGAAUUAGCACGCUGUACUGUAACAGCCACUCGCAAAGUAGGACAGCCACCUCGCUCUUGCAACGCGCGCAUCAUGGCGACUGCAAACUGCAAAAACAACAUUUAACCAGCCCUCUUGAAAGUGACCACUAGAACUCUGCUAUGUCAUCAACCAACUGAGAAACGAAAUUAUGAUGCCGCACCCUAUACAUAAGCUUGUAUGUGUAUGAAUAUAUCUAAGUUUGUGGAGUGGGAUAAAUUUUUUUUAAAACAAGUAGUAACGUAUUUAUGAGUUUGAAAUAUAGUUAUGACUUGUACUGUGCUGUGAUUGUGAUUUGUAGCAUGUGGCUGUAUUGAUUUUGAUUUUAUUUCAUCAAUACAUUUUUGAGCCUCACUAAAUUCACUCUUUCACUCGUCUACUUUCCUUCUUUGUUGAAUGCUUUGGCAAAUUUCUGUUUCUCUCUCUUUCCUUGAACCUUCUAUUGAUACACUUCUCUAGUUUUAUUUUUCUUUUUUGUUUCUAAAUUCACUCUAUCACUCGUCUACUUUCCUUCUCUGUUGAAUGCUUUGGCAAAUUUCUGUUUCUCUCUCUUUUCUCACUCUUUCCUUGAACCUUCUAGUGGUAGACUUCUCUAGUUUUAUUUUUAUUUUUUGUUUCUAAAUUCAGUCUAUCACUCGUCUACUUUCCUUCUUUGUUGAAUGCUUUGGCAAAUUUAUGCUUCUCUCUCUUUUCUCACACUUCCCUUGAACCUUCUAUUGAUAGACUUCUCCAGUAUUAUUUUCCUUUUUUGUUUCUAAAUUCAGUCUAUCACUCGUCUACUUUCCUUCUUUGUUGAAUGCUUUGGCAAAUUUAUGUUUCUCUCUCUUUUCUCACACUUCCCUUGAACCUUCUAUUGAUAGACUUCUCCAGUAUUAUUUUUCUUUUUUGUUUCUAAAUUCAGUCUAUCACUCGUCUACUUUCCUUCUUUGUUGAAUGCUUUGAUAACUUUCACUUUCUCUCUCUCUCUCUCUGGUGAUGGACUUCUCUAGUCUUUUAAUAUUCUCUGGUGUUUUGUUAUACCAUAGAGAAACAAUAGCGUAAUUAGAUAUCCCAUGGUAUAGGGAGUUCAUGUCGUAACUUUUACUGU